CAGCAUCAGCAGGAACAACAGCAAUCGCUUUAGACACACCCCAAACCAUAAUAUAUUUAGAGACAAAAACAGGACAUGCUGAAAGCGGUGACAACAGCCAUGGCUGAGCCCAUGCCGGGUAGCAUUUUGGAAAUAGAACUGCCGGAACUGCCAGCCAUUCUGCUCAACGAGAGCCUCUUCAUCGAGCUGAAUGGCAAUCUCAGUCAGCUGGAGGAGGAGGACACGACCAUCGGCAAUCUCAGCAUUUGGAAUCGCACCGAAAUCGGCAAUGGCAGCACUAGAUUAUCCCUGGACCUGGACGAGGAGCAGCGAGCCGAAAUGGAGUUCUGGCUGCUGGUCAAAAUGAUCGCCAUGGCCGUUGUCCUGGGCCUUAUGAUACUCGUAACCAUCAUAGGCAAUGUCUUUGUAAUUGCCGCCAUUAUACUGGAAAGGAACUUGCAGAAUGUGGCCAAUUAUUUGGUGGCAUCUCUGGCAGUGGCUGAUUUAUUUGUAGCCUGUCUGGUGAUGCCGCUGGGAGCGGUCUAUGAGAUAAGUAAUGGAUGGAUAUUGGGACCGGAACUGUGCGACAUCUGGACAUCUUGCGAUGUCCUUUGCUGCACAGCAUCCAUACUGCAUUUGGUGGCCAUUGCAUCGGACAGAUAUUGGACGGUGACCAACAUUGACUAUAACAAUCUGAGGACACCGCGUCGCGUUUUUCUCAUGAUAUUCUGCGUUUGGUUUGCCGCUUUGAUUGUCUCCCUGGCACCGCAAUUUGGCUGGAAGGAUCCGGAUUACAUGAAGCGCAUCGAGGAGCAGCAUUGCAUGGUGUCACAGGAUGUGGCCUAUCAGAUUUUUGCCACCUGUUGCACUUUUUAUGUGCCCCUUCUGGUGAUUUUGUUUUUGUAUUGGAAAAUCUACAUAAUUGCCAGGAAGCGCAUCCAACGACGCGCCCAAAAGUCCUUCAAUGUGACACUUACCGAGACGGACUGCGAUUCCACGGUGCGGGAGAUGAAGAAGGAGCGUGGCAAACGGCGGGCGGAGAGAAAGCGUUUGGAGGCCGGCGAUCGUACUCCAAAUGAGGGUGAAACCGAAUCUCAGCUGCAGCGGAGACCCCGGAAAAGAAUGAGGAUCUGCUUUGGUCGCAACACCAAUACGGCGGCAAUCUGUGCGGGAUCUGAGGGUGCGGUGGCCAGAUCAGUGGCCGCCAUAGCCGUGGACUUUGCCAGCUUGGCCAUAACCCGCGAGGAGACAGAGUUUAGUACCAGUAACUACGACAACAAAAGCCAUGCGGGCACUGAGCUAACCACGGUUUCUAGUGAUGCCGAAGAUUACCGGACCAGCAACGCAAAUGAAAUCAUCACGCUGUCACAGCAGGUGGCCCAUGCCACCCAGCACCAUCUGAUAGCCUCACAUCUGAAUGCCAUAACGCCACUGGCCCAGUCCAUCGCCAUGGGCGGUGCCGGCUGCCUGACAACGACUGCGACGGAAGGUGGAGGCUCCGAGGGUGGCGGAAUGGAGGGCAGCAGUCCCUCCAGCAAGAAUCCAGGAGUGGGCAUUGGCGGUGUACUGGCCAGCAUUGCCAAUCCGCACCAGAAGCUGGCCAAGCGGCGACAACUGCUGGAGGCGAAGCGGGAGAGGAAGGCGGCCCAGACACUGGCCAUCAUCACCGGCGCCUUCGUCAUCUGCUGGCUGCCCUUCUUCGUGAUGGCGCUGACAAUGAGCCUGUGCAAGGAGUGCGAGAUCCACACGGCGGUGGCCUCGCUAUUUCUCUGGCUGGGCUACUUCAACUCCACCCUCAAUCCGGUCAUCUACACCAUCUUCAAUCCCGAGUUCCGGCGGGCCUUCAAGAGGAUUCUCUUCGGCCGAAAGCAUGCGGCUAGAGCCCGCAGUGCAAAAAUUUGAUUUCAACUAAAGGAUAACGAGGACCAGUAUCUGUAACCAAGGUCGGCAAUAUGCUAUGGAAUUGGCAUUGUAUUAUGUGUAACUAGCAAGUAGAGGCGAUGUUUUUAGCAGUGACAAUCCUAACUAGCCUGUAACUAACUAACUUGAAGAAAAUCCUCAACCACACACACGUGCCCCCCCAAAAACAAAAAACAAAAAAAGACAACAAGUUCGGUUAGCCGAAGAUAAAAUCAAAUAUUGUAACCGGAAACCGAAAUCGAAACCGAAACCAAUCGAGCAAAGUUUUUUAAACGCUUCGUAGCCGAUACUCAUUAGCCUAAGUUAUGUGUACGUGUAGUUUAUAUAACAUAAAUAUUUCUAAAGUCUUCCCUGUGUCUUAAAGAAAUCCAAGAGAAAGAGUAGAAGAACCCUAGAGUCCUAAGUAGGUUGGUGAUGGCAGAUCGAACAGAUAUAUAUAUAGAUAUAGGCUGGGUCCAAAGAACUUCUUACGCUUUCAUGCAUUCUGUGUUAGUUGAACUUGUGUAUGUGUUUUUUUAGUUGUAGUCUUAAGCCAGGCAGUUAUGCUCAAUUAUUUCAAUUGAAUGUUUAAGUCAAUAUCAAAUUGUAACGAAUUUACACCCAUAAAAAAAAUAUGUACAGAGCCCCCAUAAAAAUUAAGUAGAACUCGAA